AUGUGCAAACUUACUCUUGAACAAUGGAAGGGUGGAUGUAAACACGAUGAAAACUGGCAACAUGUACUCGGUUUAAAUAAACCGUCUUCGGGGAGGUUAAAUGUGCUGUUCUUCGUGGUCGUCUACGCGUUACCCGAACUUUCUUUCAGUGCAAGUCUUGCAGGAUCUCCAAUUGAACAUCCAGGAGUUUGUCCCAACAAGCUUAACGCCAACCUGUGGGUGGAUGCUCAAAGCACCUGCGAGAGAGAAUGCAACGUCGACGAGGAUUGUGCCGAGUUUGAGAAGUGCUGCACCAACGUGUGUGGUCUGAACAGCUGUGUAGCUGCACGUUUCUCCGACGGCCCACUUGUCCAACCAGACGGACAAGCUGGAGGGAAGGCGGAGGGGUCCACGGCUACCUGUCAAGGUUUUAUCUGCAGUCAGCAGGGAGCGACCUGUGACAUCUGGGAGGGCCAGCCGAUCUGCAAGUGCCAGGACCGCUGUGAGAAAGAGCCCAACUUCACCUGUGCCUCAGAUGGCCUCACCUAUUUCAACCGCUGCUACAUGGAUGCCGAGGCCUGCAUCCGGGGGGUGACUCUGACUGUGGUUACCUGCCGCUUCUACCUUGCCGGGCCCCAUACCAGUCCUCUGCCUCAGGACACCACGGCCUACCCAACGCCCACCUCCUCGCUGGAAGACCCCAUGCCCCCCACACUGUUCUCCAAUCCUAGUCACCAGUCUAUCUAUGUGGGGGGUACUGUCAGCUUCCACUGUGACGUGAUUGGAGUCCCAAGACCAGACGUGACAUGGGAGAAGCAGAGUGAGCGACGUGAGCGGCUUGUCAUGAGGCCAGACCAAAUGUAUGGCAAUGUGGUCAUCACUAACAUCGGCCAGCUUGUUAUUUACAGUGCCCAGGUUUGGGAUACUGGCAUCUACACCUGCAUUGCACGGAAUGCUGCAGGGGCUCUCCGUGCUGACUAUCCACUGUCCGUUAUACGUCGGGCAGACGAUGACUUCUCUGAAGAUCCCGAGAUGCCCAUGGGGCGUCCAUUCUCACCAGCAGACUGCUUGGCUGAAGUUGACCAGAGAGAAUGCAGUACAGAGCAUCACGUGGACUGGUACUAUGAUAGCAAGCAGGGUACCUGUGUGGCCUUCAGCAACAGUGGAUGUGAGGACAGCCGCAACCGCUUUGAGACUUUUGAGGAAUGCCAGGCAUCCUGCCAACGGGAAGGGAUGGGGAUCUGCUCCCUACCUGCAGUUCAGGGGCCCUGCAGAGCUUGGGAGGCACGCUGGGCCUGGAAUUCUCUUAUGAAACAAUGCCAAGCCUUCGUCUUUGGUGGCUGCCAUGGGAACUCCAACAGCUUCCGUAGCAAAAAGGAGUGUGAGGCAAAUUGUCCACAGCCCAAGAAUAAGCCAUGUAGGACCUGUAGGGUAAAGGCGAAAAUGGUGCCAAGCUUGUGCCGCAGUGACUUUGCCAUAGUAGGGCGACUGACUGAACUGAUUGAGGACCUGGACUCUGGGAUAGCCCGCUUCAGCCUUGAGGAGGUCCUCAGAGAUGAAAAGAUGGGCUUGGCUUUCUUCAAUACCAAGCAUUUGGAGGUCACCCUUGCCAAGAUAGACUGGAGCUGUCCCUGUCCCAACAUCACCAUGGAGGACAGCCCCUUCUUGGUAAUGGGCAUUGUGCAUGAUGGCAUGGCCAUCAUCCAACCAGACAGUUAUGUGAGACCUAUCACAGAACGCAGAGUCAAAAGGAUCCGUGACAUGCUGGACAAAAAAACCUGUGGGAUGUAAGAGCGUAUCCAGGAUUAG